ACUUCCGGGUGGCGAUGAUGUAAAGCUCAGCGUAAACACUGGUUGUCUGCCUGAACAUUGUGUUACGCUAACAAACUAACUAAGUAACAUAUAGACGUACAUAAUACAGACUGAAUAGAUUAAUUAAUGGAAUAUAUAAUCGUUGUACUGUAGUGUUGCUUGUUGAGUUGUUUCUAAAAAAUGUUUAUUUCUGAUCAGGCGCAAUAGCUGCCCCUUUCUAAGGGACGUGUUUGUACGGGUCCUUGCGUUUUUAACGUUUUUCGCGCCACCUCUGAACAGAGCAGUACAGCACAGAAUAGCAUCAUCUAUAUAUACAUUGUUUCUUAUUUAAUACUUUCGAGCAAUUAUUUUAGUGAAUAUGUACACUAGGACAUUCUUGUCGUCGUUCUGUUCACCAUAAAUGGAAGAAAGAUGUCGAUAUAAUCGGUUUUAGCUUAAUUUUUUAAAUGAUGUAUUGUACAGUUAGCCUGUUUACUUCGUUUAUUGUGAGUUAACCCUUGGCUAAGAGUCUAAGACUAAGAGCUGCCAGCAAUAUUCCAAGUCAUCCACUGAUUAAAAAAAGAAAGAAAAAAAAGUCAAGCUGUUCUUACUUGCUUUUAAAGAAGACUGGUGUAAUGACUGCUGAGGACGAAAACCUGGACGAGCUGCUCUCUUUGUUUGAGGAGAGUCAGGGUCCGGAUCCAGAGAACUCCUCUUCCAAGGAAGUGGAAGAUAACUUGGAUGGUCUUUUCGAUGAUGAUGAUGAUGAUGAAGGCGGCGAAGGUUAUGCUGAGCCAGAGGAGGAGGAUGCAACGUUGGAGAACUCGGACACAGGAGCAGAAAGUGAGCACUAUCAAUCCAAAGAGGACCUGGAAGCUGAGUUGAGGAACAUGCAAGAGAAGAUGCAGAAGCUACAGCAGCAGCUGGAGGCAUCACAAAAGUGUGCGGUUGUCUCCCGGACCAAACAUACAGAAGACGAUGCUUUCUCCUCACAAAGGCAGACAAGUACCAAGAGUUCACCAACAACCCAGCAGUACAGCAAGCCUCUGACUUCACCUUAUCAGAGCAGCAGACAAAUCAAAGCAAAUCAGAGCAGCAGACAAAUCAAAGCAAAUCAGAGCACCAAGACACCCCAGAGAGCAGCUACAGUGUCUUCCUCACCCCAGUUCUCAGCGGCAGGACUGACUAGGAAAGUGCAGAACAAGCAGAGGACUGCACAGCAACCCAAAGCAGGUAGACCGAUAUCAUCCUCCCAGAAUUCUUUGAGUCAGGGUGUGAGUGACAAGUUGUCACAGCCAGUGAGGAGUAGCAAUGUGGUCAACAACACAAUGAAGUCACCACCAGUAAGCAAAAGUGCUGGUGUAUCCCCUCCCAUUGCAAUACAGGCCACACCCCGACCAUCUGUCACUCAGGAUGUUACCGUGGAGAAAUUCUCAGGUCUCAGGCUUAGGAGACCUCGGCUGUCCUCGGUAGAAAUCGAACACAAAAUGGCUAACCGCAGAAUGAUCCGGCUUUCACAGCUGCCCGAUCGACUGGCUCGGGAAAAUCUGGAAGACAGCGACUGGGUCACGUUUGCUGUGCUGAUAAAUAAGAUCACCCCACAAAGCAAGAAUAAUGGGAAAACCUUCAGUAUCUGGAAGCUGAAUGACCUUCAUAAUUUAGAUGUCACCGUAUCACUCUUCCUCUUUGGGACUGUUCACGCAGACCUGUGGAAGACCGAUACUGGGACAGUGAUUGGUAUACUCAACCCAAACCAAAUGAAGAACAAAGAUGGCUCCAGUGAGCUUUGCCUCACAGUUGACCAUCCACAGAAGGUUCUGAUGUUGGGAGAAGCCAUGGAUUAUGGUACCUGCAAGGCCAAAAAGAAAAACGGAGAUUCCUGCACACAGCUAGUCAACUUGUAUGAAUGCCAGUACUGCCAGUACCACGUUAAAGCACAGUACAAGAAAAUCAGCUCAAAAAGGGCCGAGCUUCAGUCCAGUUACACAGGCACUGCCCCUCGUAAAGGAAAAGGCAGUGGAAGUUUACGAGAACGCCUGUGCCAGAGUGACUUCCACUACGGGGGUCUGUCGUCACUUGCAUGUGCACCAUCAAUGACUGGCCCACAGCCUAAGAAACAGCCCUCAAUUCAGGCAGUUUUGGCUUCCAUCCCUAACAAGAUGAUUGCCAUUAGAUCAGGUGAGGUGACGGGAUGUUCUGAUGACUUCAGAAGCCUAAUGACCAUGCCUACACCAGGAGCUCUGAACAUAAAGAAGCAUUUAGGAACGACUAAGACAAGAGAACUUUCCGGAGCAUCGGUUCAGUCCAUCUCUGCAGCUGAGCUCCUCAAGCAACAGAAAGCACUUCACCAGCAAAGGUUUCAGGCCAGGCACAAGAGGGCCGAGGAAAUCCAGAAGAGGGUGCUGCAAAGCACAGGAGGUGCUAUGAUUCCAGCUAGACCUUCCGUAAACAGGGCAGAUCUGUCCUCCCCGAAAGCAGCUUCAGAGGGUCGCAAAGGCUCCUCUCCACCUAGACCUGGCCUCUCCACCCCUCCUGUACCCACCUUGGGACGAGGUUACACAGAAGGAGAGGAUAUUCUACUGGACAUGUCACCUCCUCCAUGUUCAAAAAGCAUCUCUGCUGCAAAACUGGCUGCAGUCAAAAAGCUCCAAGCCAAAGGAAUGGCACUUAUUAAAGAUGACCCUAACGCUGUGAAACGCAAGCGGCUGAACAGCAAUGACCUCACAGCUCGAGUGGAGCGCAGCCUAGCCUCACCUGAAGGGGAGAAUAGAGCAGAGCUGGAGGCAGAGGAGCCAGCUCAGAAGAAGAGGCGUGAGCAGCUAGAUUAUAUCCAGUCUGAGGAGUUUCAGCACAUUCUGAAUGCCAAGUCUACAAACUCCUGGAUAAUGGGGGAGGUGGAAGAGAAGGCCAUGCAGGAUUACUUUGAGCCACUAGUACAAAAAGAGAAGUUGGAAGAGAAGAUGAAGAGUAUCAGGGAGCUGAAAUGUCGAGCAGUCACCUGUAAAACUUGUAAGUACACACACUUCAAACCAGCUGAGCGCUGCGUAGAGGAGAAACACGAUUACCAUUGGCAUGAUGCCGUCAAGCGUUUCUUCAAAUGCCCGUGCGGCCAGAGGAAGAUCAGCCUGAGCCGUUUCCCUACCGCAGCUUGCAGCAACUGUGGUGUGUUUAAGUGGGAGAGAGAUGGCAUGUUAAAGGAAAAGAAUGGACCAAAAAUUGGAGGUGAACUGCUGCUGCCACGUGGUGAAGAACACUCCAAAUUCCUCAGUGGUCUGAAAUAAAGCCAGCAGUCCUCCUGCUAUCUGACUCAGUCCUCUUCUCCUCUCACACAGUGCUCAGGGAGUCUUUUUAUUACAGUGCACAACGAUAAAACUGGAAGCCUCUCGAUUUUCCCUGAGCCAGGCCGACACCGAAGUGCUGUUAAUUUACAGCUUUUCAUAUCCGCACAUGAGGCUUGAAUGCAGUACUAAUGUAAAUUGUUGCAAUUGAUUUGCAGAAGCUCUAAUCUCAAGGUGGUUAGUGCCAACUAUUUGUCUUGGUCUUUUUUUUGUGUGUGUAUAUGUAUUUUAUAAUGUGAUAUCUUUUAAAGCAUUUUUUCUAGUUUCACUUCUGAAUCAUGUGUGGCUGUGAUAUAGUGCUUAAAUUAAACUAGCUUGACUUCUCGCAUACGUUUCUGUAAUUGUUUUUCCAUUACUGUUAUAACUUUCACAAUCAAGAAAGUAGAUUUUGAGUAAGUGUGGAUGGACCGUGACCGCCAAAGUACCCCCUUUUUGUAUCCAAGUGAGCUUUUACUGCCUGUGCGUGUCUCAGCUUAAGGGAUCAGAAGUAAUCAUUUUUUUCCUGUCAUCCUGGUGAUUGUGCAGCAAAUGACAGACCAUUUUGCUGACAGAUUUACCCUCUCCUGAAGUGCUAUUUCAUUGUCUAGGCUUUCAACUCUGGAAUGCUUAAGGCAUGAUUUUGCUCCCAGCACUGGUCUGCUGUCUCUUACAGUGCUGCAUUAAUAUAACUGUAUGUAAGAUGCAGCUCUGCAUGUCUUGAAUACUUUCUUUCUUUUCACCUUUUCUGUUUAUUAAUUUACUUUUUGUGGUUUAAGUCAUUCUUUUGAAGAGUCAGGCCAGUAUUUAUUCAGAAACAGUCUAAAAGUGCAGUAUUUUUUAUUUUUUAAUGGAAGUAAAUGCACAGUGAAGCUGAGAUCUGGCUGAGGUUGGAGAAAACAGCAGGAUGGUUCCUAUUUAGAAAUGGAAAAGUUUAGAAAAUGAUUCUGACACUUUUCAUGUCUGGAGAAGUAUGGAAUGGUUUUAUGGGAUAAUGUCAUUGUUUCCAUUUAUAGUACUAAUCCCCGGUGAUUAGGAAAUGUUGCUUUUACAGAAAUCUGUAAAUAUGAUUGGCCCAACCCAAAUAGAAAAGUUGGUUAAAAAUGAUAGAAAAUGAAAAGCAAGACAUUAUUCAAUCGGUUUCAUUUUAUUUGUUUAUUUUAUUUAUUUAAUACUUGUGUAAUUCCUAUUGUGGUCACAGAUUACAGGAUUUCGCUGUAUUUUUUUACUUCGUUUUUUUUUGUGAAAUUGCAGUAAACUGUUUUUCACUUUG